AUGCAGCUCAACAACGAUUGUAUCCUGGAAGUGUUAAGGCACACUGAUCCAUUUACAGUUUGCAAGGUUUCACGUACCUGUCGUUCAAUGAAACAACUGAUUGAUUUGUACUAUCGCUCGUUACCGCAACUCUCUGUUGAGAUUGGUUUACAUUUGGAUCUAGAAAAUUGGAAUUUGGAGUUUAAUAUCCGAGAAGGUAGGAUUCUGCAUAAAGUUUUGAAGUCUGGAACAUUAGAUCCCUCGGACUUCAACCUGGAAGAAGUCUGGAGUGGUUGUCGGUAUACCAAAGUAGAUCUGCUCAUCAUAAUUGUCUACGGUCAUCAUGCCGAUAAAAAACUCGUGUCAAAAGUUUUUGAAGAAGCCAGUAGGUGCCGAGCUAAAGAUUCGUACGUCAUGUGGAAGUGUGAAGGAUAUACGAAGUUCCAUUUACAAGGAUUCGGAUCUGAAAAGCUUCGAUAUCUAAUAGAGUUGUAUUUGCGUACUUCAACGACAGAAGUUACGUCGGGUAUCCCACAACCAGUGCUGACAGCUCAACAAGGUGAACUUUUGUGUCAAGCAAUUGAAGGCUCCCAUAUUGUACUGGAAGUUGCGGAACUGUCUAACUUGUUGUCCGAAGUGUUUCUGCUGAUAAGAAAGACAAUCAAGGCUAUAGAAGAGUCGCAAUCAACCGCUGGAUACUUGUGUGCUCAUUUUAACACAGAGCAUGUCAAGGGAUUCGAAGAUGAAUAUGGCGCAUUUCUGCGAACAAUACAAGGCGACCCCGUCGUCAAAAACCUUCAGCAGAACUACAAGCACAAAGUCGACCAACUUACGCUUCAAGACGGGAAAACGCACGUUUAUUUUCAUCGUGACAACAACGGCAGCAUUGCUUUCAGCUGCGCAAAAUAA